AUGUGCAGGCCACGUUUCGACCAGGACGCUGACCGAAGUCAAGCAUGGCCUGAAGGGCAUGAUCCCACUCAGCGUGUGAUUGCUGCAUCAGCCGUGACCACCGCGAAUUUGAAUAACACACACUCACUCCGAGAAUGUGUUGCUCGGGCAUUUAUUUCGGGGGAUGCGAACGCGCGAAUCGUGGAUGCUCGCAACGAUACGUACACGGAUGCGCGCCUGGGAGAAAAGAUCCAGUUUGACGAGUUUCCUGCCAUGAUUGCAUAUGCCAAGGAGGCGGACGAAGUCCCACUGCUCGUUCGCUGCGCGCGCAAGUUGGGACACAAAGCUGUGCCGCGAUCCGGGGGGCAUCAUUUCGAGGCCUACUCAUCUCUCAACGGCACCUUGUCGGCGCCGGCAUUCGUCUGGGUGCGCUGUAUCUGGCACUGGACCAACACAACGUCACCUUCACCGGGGGGCAUUUGUCCCACCGUCGGCCUGGGCGGCCUGAUCUCCUCAGGGGGAUUCGGCAUGCAGAUGCGCGCUCUGGGAAUGUCCGCUGAGUACGUGUUGGCCGCCACAGUGGUGCUGGCGGACGGGCGUGUGGUCACGGCCUCGCCCACGUCACACGCGGACUUGUUCUGGGCACUUCGCGGCGGAGGCGGUGGAACGUAUGGCAUCGUCGUGGAUUUCACUAUUCGGCUACUACAGUUCCCGCGGUCUGCCAUGGUGGCGAUAUCGUGGAACGACAGCAGCGUCCGCUACGAUGUGGCGCAGCGGUUCUUCGACUGGGCCCCCCAGCAGACGCCAGAGUUCACCUCACAGAUCAAUGUCUACACGACUAAUGUGACGUUCCUUGGACAGUACCUUGGGGGGGCGGAGCAGGAACUGCGGGAGCUGAUGAAGUCAUCGGGACUCCUCGACAUUGGGAAGCCCACGGUCUAUAUAGCCGGCGACUGUGACACCAACAACGCCCGUGUAUUUGGAUACACCACGUACGAAUGUAAACCGGGCAGCGAAACUAACCCACAGAUCUUGAAUGUGGUGCCCAAUCCAUUCUCCCAGUUUGACAACCACCCCCAAUACCAAUACGACGAAGUUCCGAAGGACCCCAACGUCUCGAUCGCUGAACCUUGGGCCCGUUUCCCAAGGAUCGCCAAGUCCUUUUACAUGUUGAAAGACCGUAUCCUUCCCUCAUCCGACCUGAAGAUGGUUAUUGACAUGAUCGAUAAGCUGGAUCCGGCCUCGCAGCUAUGGGGCGAAUGGCACGCCUGGAAUAUAACGACGAACACUCAUAGUGACAUCUCAUUCCCGUGGAGAGAGCAGGCAUAUGCGCAUAUGGAGUUCCAAGUUCAUGGCUCGUUGAUGAAUGCCACUGAGCAAGCCGGGUAUAAAAAAUGGUUUACGGAUUUGGAGACUUAUCUUCGGCCAAAAAUGGGUACGGCCUCAUAUUCCGGGGAAAUGGACGCAUCGAUAUCCACUAAUCCAUUCGAAUCCUACUAUGGUGACAAUGUGUGUCGCCUUGUGGCUAUCAAAAAGGAAUAUGACCCGACCAAUUUUUUCACGAAUCCGGCGGCCAUCCAACCCACCACGCCGGAGGGGGUCAGCUGUAGCUGA